UACCAGCCAGUGACGUCACCGCGGGUCCCAGCCUCCCACCAGGAGGGCAGGCCAGAGGCUCAAGUCCCAGCCUCCUGGCACUAGCCUCGGGCUAUGAGACCCUUCUGUCCUGGGGAGGGGCUGACUCCAGCCCCCGUUAACCCCCAGGCUGCGUGCCCAGUCCCUCCAUCCCUCUGUGUGUCCACGUUUCCUGGCCUCUAAAGGAGAAACAGCCCAACCACCCUUGGGGCUACGGAGAGCCAGAGGGGGUGCACACGGGCCCCAGGAAUUUAGAAAGUGCUGGGUAAAUGGUGGCCGGGGUUCCGUGAAUAGCAGUAACAGCCUGGGUAAAUGCGUACUGAGUCCCCGAAGUGCCAAGUGCAUUCCCACGCCCCCUGUGCCACUUCUCUCCCAGGCUGGAUGGUGGCCUGGCUUCAAGCCCCCGCCCCACCACUUGCCUGCCCUGGGACCGUGUGUGAAUCACCAGACUUCUCGGUGCCUCGUGGUGGUUGGGACAGUGAUCCCCACUGCAUAGAGCAGCUGGGAGGAUUUAGAACAUUUCAUGUGUGUGACUUCCUGAGCAGGCCACCUGGCACGUGUGUGGUGACAGUCAGCCCUUUAGUGGGUUCCGGUGUUCUCGCCUGCAGGUAGGAAGUGUGAGCUCAGUGAAUUGCCCCACGUCUUAGCUGGUUCAGGCAGACUUAAGGUCCUGUGCCUCCCAGGUGCUCCCGUAGCCCUGCCCUUGGGGACAGAACCCAGGCCUGUUGCAUUUCCCCCAGCCACUUGUAAGGCCCCAGGAUGUUCUUGGCUGCUGGCCAGGUGGACAUCACCAGGAGAAGGGUGAGGGUCGAAGGGCAGCAGUCCUAGGUGGGAUUACUGGCUUGCAGCACAAUCUCCCUGCCCCUCUCCUCCAGACCUGUGUCUCUAGGAAGCACGGCCCAGGGUAGAGGCUGGGAAAGCCAGACACUUAGGAGACUCCACUGUGUCUGAGCCAAGGGCUUUAGGACCCAGCAUGCAUCCCUGGGUGCCUGGAGCCCACCAGCCCUCCAGGCUUCAGGUGCCAGUGCCCAGGCCUGCCCAGGCCCCAGGCUUUCCUGCUGAAAAGCCCGAAGGCUACUUGGCAGUGUGCCCUCUUGGAGCAGCUCCAGGCCUGGCUUGUGGAAUUGAAUGGGGCUGAGGGGUCCAUGUGCUAGGCAUCAAAUCACGGGCUGCCAGUGGCCCAAGGGGCCCAGGCCUCACCAGACAAAGGGGUCCGAGUGCCACGUGGCAGAGGCAUCGCUUCUGACAACCCUCGUCUGUGCCAGACCCUGGCCUGGGGCAUGAUGGCCGUGUGUUGUAGGUAGCACUGGCUCAGUUCCCGGGAAGCUCCCAGGUGUGUCACAGAGAGCAAAAGGGACUCUUCCCAGCCUGCGGCCUCUGGCCUGCCAUUCCGCUUUGCAGACCGGCCAGUUCCUGCCGCGGGCGCUCGGCGUCAUCUGGGGAGAACAUGCCCGGGGCCCCUGAGUGCCUGCUGCGGCUGCUUCGGGGCGCCCCGAGACAGCGGGUCUGCACCCUGUUUCUCAUCAGCUUCAAGUUCACGUUUUUCGUCUCCGUCAUGAUCUACUGGCACAUCGUGGGAGAGCCCAGAGGCCAGAGAGAGUUCUCUCACUUGCCUGCCGAGGUCCCCUGCCCCCGACUGGUGCCCCCUACGCUGCUGUCCAGCACCCCGCCCCCGGGCAACAUCUUCUUCCUGGAGACCUCAGAUCGGACGAACCCCAACUUCCUGUUCAUGUGCUCGGUGGAGUCGGCCGCCAGGACCCACCCCGAGUCCCGGGUGAUGGUCCUGAUGAAGGGGCUGCCCGGCGGGAACGCCUCCCUGCCCCGGCACCUGGGCCUCUCGCUCCUGGGCUGCUUCCCCAACGUGCACCUGCUGCCGCUGGACCUGGAGGCGCUGUUCCGGGACACGCCCCUGGCGGCCUGGUACGCGGCCGGGUGGCACCGCUGGGAGCCGUACGCGCUGCCCGUGCUCUCCGACGCCUCCCGCAUCGCGCUCAUGUGGAAGUUCGGCGGCAUCUACCUGGACACGGACUUCAUCGUCCUCAGGAACCUGCAGAAUCUGACCAACACGCUGGGCACUCAGUCCCGCUACGUCCUCAACGGUGCCUUCCUGGCCUUCGAUCGCCACCACGAGUUCAUGGCGCUGUGCAUGCGCGACUUCGUGGCCCACUACAACGGCUGGAUCUGGGGCCACCAGGGCCCGCAGCUGCUCACGCGGGUAUUCAAGAAGUGGUGCUCCAUCCGCAGCCUGGACGACAGCCACGCCUGCCGCGGCGUCACCACCCUGCCCAGCGAGGCCUUCUACCCCAUCCCCUGGCAGGACUGGAGGAGGUACUUCCAGGAGGUCAGCCCCGAGGAGCUGCAGCGGCUGCUCAAGGCCACGUACGCCGUCCACGUGUGGAACAAGAAGAGCCAGGGCACACGCUUGGAGGCCACGUCCCAGGCGCUGCUGGCCCAGCUGCAAGCCCGCUACUGCCCCACAACGCAUGAGGCCAUGAAGAUGUACUUGUGACAGGCCUGCCGGGGGCACCCUCCCCACACCACUGGGGGUCCUGAUGGAGGAGAGCUCCCAGCCACCUUUCCUGGCGGGGGGCGAGAUGGGAGGGCCCAGGACAGAGAGGCCCUAGUGGCUACAGCCUAGGAUUCGGGGCGGGCUCAGGGGAGGGUGGGCAGCUGUCAGCCCCAGAGGUGUGCUUGGAGGACCCACUGCAGGCCCCCAGGUCCGCUCCCUCCCGGGCGAGGCUGGUGGGACACCCCCCAGCCUGUGUGCUUUCUCAAGGGUGCAGGCAACGAGUGGGGGGUGGGGAAGGCCCCAGCCCAGAACCCGCUGUCGUGAGCGUCUGGGUCUUCUGGACGGCACACCAGAGCCGUGCGCAUUAAAGCAGCUUCUGGGCAUCUCGGGGCAGCCAGCCCAGUGGGGGCCAAGGUGCCCACAAUGGGAGCAUGGAUAGAAAAACCCCAGAACAGGGGUAGGAAGGAGAGGGGGUGGGGGAGGCAGCAGGGGUGCACACCUGGCCUCAUGAGCCCGGGUUGGGGGUUGGGGCUGGAGGGGCAUUGCUCUUUCCUGCCUUUGGUUUCUUUGUCAGAGGCGCUGAGUGGCUGAGCUGGCCUGGGGAGCCCUGCCUGCUCACCCCAUUCUCUUUCCAGAGAUCUUGCAAGGGUGACGUGCACCCGCUGGCUACUCCAGGGCGUGGGGGCGGGUUUUAUGAAAACCAACCCCCAUCCUGCCUACAAUAAACACAGGAUAAUAAACAUAAUAUAAGCGGCUCCCAGACACCGAGUGCUUGGUGGUUGAUAAAAGGAAUCCACUGCACAGGCCCACAGUAGCCCCAUUCUGCAGAUGAGAAGCAGCUUGGGCCAGAGGUGGUCAUGAUGUGCUUGAGGUCACUCAGCCCUGCCUGGAGAGCAGAGUUCUGGGCCCCUGGAGGGUGGUGGUGAGGGGCAAACAAGAGACCACAGGAGCCCAUUACCCAGUAGGUGCAUGCUGUCCCCAGGCCUAGAGGGGGAAGGUGUUAGGGACUGUGGGGUCCCACCUGCCUCACUUGGAUGCCUGGCUCAGAUCCUGGGAGAGACCAGAGGCUCCCUGCUCUCAGCGCCAGGCCUGGGCCAGAGGAGAAUGCUCUCUGCCAGGUGCAGCCCUGGCCCCGGCUGGUUUGCACCGAGGAAGCCCUGUCUGAGAGCCGCGUGCUCCAACCAGGCUGGAGAAGCACUUCCGUGCAGGACCAGGGGUACUGCCAGGAACCCUGGGGCUUGGCAGGUUGCUCUUUGGCAGCCAAGAGGGAGAUGUUCAGAGACCUCUGGAUUCUGCCUAUAGACUGUCUUGGGCAGCCUGGUUAGGAAGUGAACUCCCUGGCUCUAGCGGUAUUCAAGAACAGGUGAUAUUUUAAUGACAACAAUGGAUUAUAUGUCCGUUAUAUCUCCAAU